AUGUACUAUUUAUGGCUGCUUCUAAUGCAAAAAAAAAAUAUUUUUCUUCUCUCUCUCUCUCUCUCUCUCUCUCUCUCUCUCUCUCUCUCUCUCUCUCUCUCUCUCUCUCUCUCUCUCUCUCUCUCUCUCUCUCUCUCUCUCUCUCUCUCUCUCUCUCUCUCUCUCUCUCUCUCUCUCUGUGUGUGUGAAUAUAGUGAUCUUGAUAGACAAAUUGAGCAGCUGAGAAGAUGUGAAAUCAUUAAAGAAAAUGAAGUCAAAGCUCUUUGUGCAAAAGCCAGAGAAAUCCUUAUCGAAGAAAGCAAUGUACAAAAAGUAGAUUCUCCUGUUACAGUUUGUGGAGAUAUUCAUGGCCAAUUUUAUGAUUUGAAAGAAUUGUUUAAAGUUGGAGGUUAUGUACCAGACACAAAUUAUCUAUUUAUGGGCGACUUUGUUGACAGAGGUUUUUACAGCGUAGAAACAUUUUUAUUAUUGUUAGCUUUAAAGGUCAGAUAUCCCGACAGAAUUACCCUCAUUCGGGGCAAUCAUGAAAGUAGGCAGAUCACACAAGUUUAUGGAUUUUAUGAUGAAUGUUUAAGAAAAUAUGGUUCCAUCACAGUCUGGCGCUAUUGUACUGAGAUUUUUGACUUCCUUAGUCUGUCAGCAAUAAUUGAUGGCAAAAUUUUUUGUGUUCAUGGAGGUUUAUCACCAUCAAUACAAACAUUAGAUCAAAUUCGAGCAAUAGACAGAAAACAAGAAGUUCCACAUGAUGGCCCCAUGUGUGAUCUCCUCUGGUCAGAUCCUGAAGAUAUGCAAGGCUGGGGUGUGUCCCCCAGAGGUGCUGGUUACCUUUUUGGCAGUGAUGUUGUGUCACAGUUUAAUGUUGCCAAUGAUAUUGACCUUAUUUGCAGAGCACAUCAGUUAGUUAUGGAAGGCUACAAGUGGCACUUUAAUGAGACCGUGUUAACAGUUUGGUCAGCCCCAAACUAUUGCUAUAGAUGUGGUAAUGUGGCUGCUAUCUUAGAACUUGAUGAACAUGUACAAAGAGAUUUUACUAUUUUUGAAGCUGCUCCACAAGAAUGUCGAGGCAUCCCAUCUAAAAAGCCGCAGCCUGAUUAUUUCCUUUGA